AUGGAUGCGAUCACGUUAGAGAAACGUUACUUGAGAAUCAACAAGAAGCUCGGCAUGCUAACCGGUGUGUGGCCCUAUCAAAAGAGCUCGCCAAAAUGGAUCAGUCGAACCGUAGUGCUCUUUGUAAUAAUACCUUGUUACGUUACACAGUAUGCCAGGAUCGUCACUUUUCCCAGGAUACAUAUCAUACUAAACGAUUAUCCUUACUUGAUAACUUCGCUCGGGGUAAUCAUCAAAUUUGGUAACUAUUUCAUAAACGAAUCAGAGCUGAAAUAUCUUCUUGGAAAGAUCUACGAAGACUGGAGAGCCAUGACGUCGGAGGAUGAGUACAAGAUCAUGACGAAAUACGCGGAGAAAGGGAUUUUCAGUGUCAUACUCUAUAUUCUGCAUAUAUCGUUAUGCGCCGCUCUAUUUAUGUGCUUGCCGUUCGUGUCGCCGAUUCUGGACAUCCUUAUGCCGUUGAACGAGACGCGAGCACGGUUGUUCGUCUAUCCAGCUUACUAUUUCGUCGACGAGGACAAAUAUCGUUACUUGAUCGUAGGGCAUAUGUAUCUUGUAGUGGUAAUGCUUAUCUCUGUUUUCUGCGCCUGCGAUGCCAAUUACGUGUACGCCGUGCAACACGCUUGCGGAUUGUUGGCCAUUGCAGGAUAUCGUUUUAAAUACGCGUGCUAUGAGGUAAUACCCGAGGAUGAGAAGGAAGCUGUGAAGAUGAUGAAAAAGAUAUACGUGAAAGAGAUCACGGCCGCUCACGAUACUUGCAUGUUCAUCUCGGUGGGACUGCUGAUGAUGAGCAUCAGCACUUCGUUGUUGCAGAUAUCAGAACACGAACACGACGCAGAAUGGACAUUGUACUGCACGUUCUUCACGGCCCAGUUGUUACACAUGCUGUUCUUAGUCGUUCAGGGGCAGUUCGUGUUGGACGCGUACGACGAUGUUUAUAAUACGAUAUACGAAUCGACAUGGUACAAUUCUUCGUGCAAAACGCAAGCGUUAUACAUAUUAGCGUUACGGAGUAGCCUAAACCCUCCCUUGUUAACCGCCGGUGGAUUUAUAACGUUGAAUUUAAAGACCUUCUCAGAGAUUAUAAAAUCAUCCGUGUCUUACUAUACGGUGAUGCAAUCGAAAUGA